AUGUCUCAAGAUAUUAAAGAUAUAAAAGUUCUUAUGGAUCAAAAAAACCAAAUUUAUAAUUCCACGGAAAAAAGUAUAAAUCCACAAUUAAACGAUUUCCCGAUAGGAUACUUGGUCGAAGGCAAAGGCAUACAUUUAGGCCUAGGUGAAUGGAUGGACGAAGAAACGCAUGCUAGUUUAAUAGCGGACUCUACAAGUCCAAGCAUGUUCGUUGGUAACAUCCUUUUAUCCGUUUUCAAGAAGAGUGUGCUAUUAGUCAGUACACUAACUGGUCGUACAACCAACCGUAAAGGAAAAGAUAAGAAACUUGCUGAAAAAUAUAAUCUCGAUAACCAAGAGUUGGAAGAUGAUAACGAUGACGAAGAAGUGAAUAACAAGGAGAAUCACGUUAAUAAAUUGGAUUCCAAAAAGGUUAAUGCUUGCAAAGCAUAUUAUAUACAUUGGUUAGAACAUUACUAUGAACAAGAACUGACAAAAAGGCAAAUGAAGACAUACAACCGUUCUGAACAAAUAGCCAAUUUUAAAGAGUAUAUAACUAAGAAAAUUUCAAACCUGAAACAACCAAAAGCAUCAAAACCAAAAAAAAUCAGAAUUACCACGUAA